AUGUGUGCACGAACGUCAGCAGAAUACGUGGGAGAACUUUCUGGAACUAAAGAGGAGAGAAGGCGACAACGUCGACUACUGGACGCUAGUUUCAAGAAGCUUCGAGAUGUGUUAUUCGGCGCAGACGUCGAUGAAGAAUAUCUUCAUCCUGAGCAGCAGGUGCCAAAGCCCCCUUACAUUGACGAAAAAGAGGAAAAGCCCCCCCACAUUAACGAGAAAGAGAAUGAAGAGCCCCCCCAUAUUAAAGAUGAAGAGGAAAAAGAGUCCCUCCACAACAAGGAGAGAGAGGAGCCAAAGUCCAAUCACAAAGAGGAAGAGGAGCCAAUGCUCUGUCACAAUAAAGAGGAAGAGGAAAAAGAGCCCAUCCACAAAGAACAAGAGCCGCCAAACUCCUAUAACAUUAAAGAGGAAGACAAGGAGUAUGAUGUCACCAAGUUGGCAUUAACUUUGAGGAGUGAAGACGCUGGUAAAGGUGAAAGUGAGGACAACGGAGAGGCUGAACCUCCAAGUAGCAGCUUAAGUCAACAAAUGAAAAAAGAUAAUGGAGACAACUGUGGACGAUCACAAGCAGACAACCUCUCAGCUCCACAAUCAGAGUGUGACAACAUAUCAUCACCCUUUUUCGACACUGACAGUAGUGAUGAUGAACACUCGCACAGUGACGCAACUUGUGACACUGACAAAGAACGCUGGAAAUGUUCUCCAUGUUCUCCCCAACCACAUGGUUCAACCACAUCCCCUGCUGAACAAAAUUCAAGUAGUGGAGUAAACGACCAUGUUUUUAUUCGUGCAUACCAAAGAAGAAGCCACAAAAGAACAUACUUCAAGAGACAUUAUUGCUUGUAUUGUUCAAAGCCUUAUGCAAAGAUGGCUCGACACCUAGAAUGCGCACAUCACGAUAAAUGGGAUGUGGCUGAAGCCCUAAGCUUUCCAAAGAGGUCAAAGGAGAGAAAAAAGCAGCUCGAUUACAUUCGCAACAGGGGCAAUUUUGAACACAAUACUGCUGUUUUGAAGUCAGGAAAGGGUGAGCUGGUGCCAUAUAAGCAACCACCCAAAGAAGCGCAGGGAAGUGACUUCAUGCACUGUGCCUACUGUCAAGGGCUUUUUGCAAGGAAGGUGUUGUGGCGACAUAUGCACGCUUGUGUCUUUAACCCUACAUCAGUCCCUCCUAAGCCGGGAAGGAAGCGGGUUCAGUCACUGUGUUCAUACAUAGGUCCGAUACCUUCCCACGCGAGUAAGGAACUUUGGGGUGUCAUCAGUGCCAUGAAUCAUAACUCAAUCACAGAUGUCAUAAAAAAUGACAAGGUCAUUAUUGAUAUUGGGCAACGCCUGUUAAACAAAGGUGGAACAUCAGCAAAAAACCUCGAGUGUGUGCGAGUCAAGAUGAGAGAAAUGGGGAGGCUCAUUGCAAAUGCAAGGAUGGUCACCUCCUGUAAAAAAUUUGAAGACCUCAUAGAUCCACAAAAGUACACAGAACUGACUGAAGCAGUGAAGUCGACAUGUGGGUAUAACAUUAAAGCAGGGAAGCUCACUUAUCCAACACUUGCCAACAAACUUCACAAUACCCUGACUGAAGCAAGCAAAUUGUUAGAAGCUCAAGGUUUAAUCACAGACAAUGAAGCGCUUGUAAAGAAAGCCACUGAGUUCCAAAAAGUCCAUCAGAAAAGGUGGAAUGAAUUGAUUUCGCCUGUAGCACUGAGGACCAUCAAGGACUCCCGAUGGAACAUGCCCACCCUUGUGCCUUUUAUUGAAGAUGUUCAGAAAAUGCACAAAUAUCUCAACCAAAUGGAAGACAAGCACUACAAAUGCCUUGCCCAAAGCAUUUCUUGCCAAGCCUGGGUGGAGCUGUCCAAUGUCUGCCUCAGCCAAAUGAUUCUUUUUAACCGACGCAGGGAGGCCGUGGUUGCGAACAUGCCCUUAUCUGCAUUUUUAGCAAGCGAGACUGUUGAUCCACACGAGGAUGUCGACUGGGCACUCUCUGAAGUUGAGAAAAAACUGUGCAGACACUUCAUAAAGAUUAUCGUCAUGGGGAAACCUGGCCGGCCAAUUCCAAUUCUCCUGACACCAAAGAUGCUGUGUGCAUUACAACUCCUUGUUCUGCUGAGACAGAGCUGUGGAGUUCUUGAAGAAAACAAAUACUUGUUCGCAAGACCUGGCAACAUGACACACGCCCGAGCUUCCAACUGCCUCCGUGGCCAUGCGAAGCUUUGUGGUGUGAAGUACUCCAUGUCAAUCACAUCCACCAGACUGUGCAAGCAUGCGGCAACCUUGUCGACUGUGCUGAACAUGACCGACAAUGAGAUGAACCAGCUGGCUAACGUUCUUGGUCAUGACAUAAAAGUCCCUCCUGAGUUCUGUCGACUCCCUCAGAAGACCUUGCAACUUGCCAAGAUCAGCAAAGUUUUGAUGGCACUCGAACAAGGAAGAUUAGCUGAGUUUCAAGGCCAGGACUUGGAUCAAAUUGAAAUACAUUCACAUGAAACGGUUAUUGACAGCAGUGAGGAAGAUGACAAUACCUUGGAGGAGGCAACCUGUUCGACUACCAUUGAUGGCGUCAGUGAUAAAUGUUUUCGUCCUGAGCAACAGGAGCGUCCUCAAACUGAAGAGGAAGAGGAGCCAAAGCCCUGUCACGUUAAACAGGAAGAAGAGGAGUAUGAUGUUACCAAGUUGCCUUUCACGGUGGACUCUUUGAAGAGUGAAGACGACGAUAAAGGUUACAAGCCACCGAGCAGCAACUCGAGUCAAGACAUGACAACGGAAAGUGAUGGAGACCACUCCACAGGCUCUCUAGCAGAUAGCCUCUUCACUUCAGUAUCAGAUGACGACAGCACGUCGUCACGCUCAUCUGACACUGACACCGAUGAUGAUGAGCGCUCGACAGGUGCAGACCACACUGACGGCAAACGCUGGGAAUGUUCUCAGUGUGGAAAAACUUUUGUCUUACGGUCUCUUUUGAAAAACCACAUGAGAAUCCGCAAUGGCGUAAAACCUUAUGACUGCUCACUUUGUGAUAAAAGAUUCUCUCGAGGUGGUUUCAGCAGCACGAGCCAACACAUGAUGACAGAAAGUGAUGGAGACCCCUGUCGAGGAUCACUAGUAGACCGCCUUUUAGCGCCGCUAGCAAAUAGUGACGAAAUCACAUCACACUCUUCUGACACUGACAGUGAUUAUGAUGAACUCUCUGUAGGUGAUAUGAUGUAUCACACUAACAACAAAUGCUGGGAAUGUUCUCAGUGUAGAAAAACGUUUGUCAUGCUGUCUCUUUUGAAAAACCACAUGAGUGGCCACAAUGGAGAGAAACGUUUUGUCUGCGCAGUUUGCGGUGAAAGAUUCUCGAGAGAGAGUUUCGACCUACGUCAUCGUUUCCAUCAUGAAAAUGUUUAUCCUACCAUAUUGCCGGUCAUCAACAUGGCAGCUUGCAACACGGACGCAAAUGAAAAGCAAGAUGAUCUUUCAUUUUCAUGCAUUCUUUCAAAUAUGGAUCACGCGGGCAAGAAGAAGUAUCGAGAAAAACUUGACCAGGCUGGUAUUUGUGAUCCGUACGCCUUGCCAGGUUUUCUUUUUCUCGCUCUUGAACACUGUCGAGUCGGCAACCUCCCCAACCUGCAUUACUUCGACAUUGUGAACUAUCUCGUGCGUACAACCGCGAAGUAUACUCAUGAGGAUUUCCGAGUGUACAGGAGCCUUGACGCGUAUAAGUAUUUUGUGGGCAGAUAUGUGCAUGGGACCGGUGUAUGGGAAAUACCCGGAAAAGACCGAUUUCUCAUCAUGUCAAAGGUGACACACGCCCAGUUUCUAAAUCAGCCACCACUGCAGGUGUGGGUUGUGAUACAGAAAGACGGCAUUGUGCAGUCUUGUCACUGCACCUGCAUGACAGAGCUGUCUGAGUGCUGUUCCCAUGCUGCCGCCACCAUGUUCGCUGUGGAGACCGCCGCGAGGGUGGCGUCCACCUGCGCCAAUGUGAGACUGAGGCGGACCCAAGUUACUCCCAGGAAGGUGCUGGAUUCAGAGGUGGCUGAUGUCAGUCAGACAAAUCCCAAGAGGAUGAUGGCGGAAGAAAGUGAGACUGACAAAGUGUUUAAAGAAGUCCCCAGCCCUACAAAUCCAGAGGCGUCCGCCUUUUCUCAAAGCUUGUCAGAGUCGGCUGUGAGGUGUGACGUGCUGAGUGUGUUGCCAGACUACGACAAGAUGUCCACUCUACGAUCAGUGUCGAGAAAUCUACCUCCCCCUCUCACAAGUCUGCAUCGACCUCAGUAUGAGCAGAUAAGUGAGGAGGAUCUGCGGAAAGUAGCAGAUGAAGUGUUCAGAAAUAUGAAGAUUUCGGAAGAACAGGUAACUGCUAUUGAAGAAGUGACAAGGAAGCGGUCCAAGCGGUCUGCAUGGUACCAGCAACGUGCAGGACGGGUGACUGCCUCCAACGUCAAAGCGCUGAUACACACCAGCAUCCUGGAACCUUCCCGAUCACUCAUCCACAGGAUCUGCUACCCGGGAAGCUGGGAACUCCGCACAGAGGAAAAGGAUACUCGGUGGGGAUGUCAGCAUGAAAAAAGUGCCAUGAAGCUAUACUCUUCCAUCCAAGCUACAUCCCAUACGGACUUCAGAACUAGCGAGUGUGGAUUUAUUGUGUGGAAAGAAAAGCCACACAUGGGAGCCUCGCCUGACGCUAUUGUAAGCUGUAAAUGUUGUGGGUUUGGUUGUUUAGAGAUCAAAUGUUCUCGCUGUCGAAACCCAAAAAGCCUGACCGCAGUUGAACAUGAUCAUCCUUACCGCCUUCGUAGUGAUGACCUGGGUAAUAUUUCUUUAAAACGAGACAGUGCCUACUACUUCCAGGUGCAAGCACAGAUUAGAAUUACAGAAAGUAAUUACUGUGAUUUUGUAGUGAUGCAUGAGGACACUAUAUCAAUUCAGCGGAUAAAAUCUGAUAAAGAUUUUUUUAACGCCGUAGCUGAUACAGUUAAUAUCUUGUACCGCCAUUUAAUUCUGCCAGAGUUGUUGGGUAAAUUGUAUUCUAGAAGUUGCAAUGUCAAAUUCUGCGUCGUCAGAUGAUGGAAAUGAAACGUGGUGUUAGGAAAGAAUGGUUAGUUGUUUGGGACCACAGGGCACACAAUGAGACAGUUGCACGAGGCAUACAUAGGAUUGACAAGGGUGCUAAAACUGGUCAUGUAUGGAUUGCAAAAAGAGUAAAGCGAAAUAAAAUGCCUGUGGAAAUACACACAACAGCACAACGUCUGUGGCCCUUUUUUAUUUUUUAUUUAUUUUUUACAUCCAUCCA